AUGAAGUGUCCAACAUGCUCAUUCCAAUGCUUGCUACCCCUUCCCAGUAAUCUAACUCAAAAUCCCACCCAACUCCUCAUCACCCUCAACGCACUCCUCUCCAAACUCACCCGCUCCCACCGCUGCUCCCAAGCCCUCUGCCUCUUCUCCCACAUCCACGCCUCCUACCACAUUUCCCCCGACCACUACUCCCUCGCGUCCGCCCUCGCCGCUUGCGCCCGCCUCCGCGCCGCCACCGCGGGUGCCCAGCUCCACUCCCUCGCCCUCCGCUCCGCCCUCCUCUCCUUCACCCACGUCGCCAACUCCCUUCUCUCCUUCUACGCCAACAUCCACGGUCCCGACCCCACUCGCCACCUGUUCGGCGCCAUUCCCAACCCCGACGUCUACUCUUAUACCACUCUUAUAUCGGCAUACGCCAAGGCCGGUCGUUUUCAGGAGGCUGUCCAGCUGUUCGAUGGAAUGCCCAAAAGAAACACCGCAGCGUGGAACGCCAUGAUAACGGGCUUUGUUCAUCAUGGCUACGAAGAGUUUGCUCUUAAAAUGUUUCUCAGAAUGCACCGAUUGGGUGUCGGGCUUGACAAGUACACCUUUGCUAGCGUCAUGGGUUUGUGUGGUUCGCCAGAGCUGGUGAGUCUGGGGAGGCAGUUGCAUUCGAUGGUUAUAAAAACUGGGAUUUUGGAGCUCAGGGUUUCAGUGAUCAAUGCUCUCGUAACAAUGUAUUUUGAUUGCGGUUUGGUUAUGGAUGCUUGGGAGGUGUUUGGAGAAGCCAUGGUACGUGAUGAGAUCACUUAUAAUGCUCUUAUAGCAGGGUUGGUGAGGUUGGGAAGAGAUGUGGAGGCUUUAAUGGUAUUUAAAGAGAUGAAGAAAGAAAGUUUUUUGUUGCCAACUGAAUUGACCUUCGCAAGUGUUUUAAGUGCUUGUUUGUCGAGGGAAAUCGGGACUCAAGUCCAUGCUCAGGUCAUUAGAAUGGGUCUUGAAGAUUCUGUUUUAGUAGCUAAUGCUGUGGUAACUAUGUAUUCCAACUGUGGAGAUCUAGUCAGUGCUGAACAAGCUUUUGAGAUGAUCCAUGAGAAGGAUAUUGUUUCAUGGAAUGCUUUAAUUACAGGUUAUAGUCAGGAGAAUUGUUAUGAGCCGGCUGUUGGAGUAUAUCAUCAAAUGCAGAAGGCUGGAAUUGAGCCAGAUGAGUUCACCUACGGGAGCUUAUUAGCUUGCUCGAGGAUUGCAGCCGAUGUCAAGAUGAUUCAAGCACUAGUCAUUAAGAAUGGCUUCAUCACAAGUACUGAAGAUUGUAAUGCCAUAAUAUCAGCAUAUGCCAAAUGUGGAGAGAUUGCAAGUUCUUAUCAGGUCUUUAACGAGAUGCCAUCCAGGAAUAUAAUCUCCUGGAAUUCAAUUAUAUCAGGAUAUGUGCUGAGUGGGUUUCCAGUAAGGAGCCUAGAAAUAUUUUCAGCCCUAAUUAAGUCAAGAUUAAUGCCAAAUUCCUACACUUUGAGCACUGUGUUAAGCACUUGUGCCACCAUGCCAGCUCGUAAACAUGGAAAGGAGGUUCAUGCUUACAUUCUUAGAGAUGUUACCAAGUGUGACACAUUAUUAAUGAACUCCCUUGUUACAAUGUAUGGAAAGUGUGGGGAAUUGGAUUACGGUUCUAAAGUUUUUGAUGGGAUGUUGCAAAGAGAUAUUGUUUCUUGGAAUGUCAUAAUUUCUGCUUAUGCACAGAAUGGAGAUGGACAUGAAGCCAUUCACUACUUUAAAAUGAUGCAAAAAUCAGGAAUUAUACCUGAUAAUGCCACCUUUACUUCUGUUCUUUCUGCUUGUAGCCAUGCUGGUUUGGUUGAAGAGGGCCGUGUUAUCUUCACUUCUAUGGUUCAAGACUAUGGGAUAGAGCCUGGAGUAGAUCACUACUCUUGUAUUAUUGAUCUUUUAGGCCGAGCAGGGUAUCUAGAGGAGGCAGAAAGACUAAUAAACAGUAUGCCUUGCAGAGUUGAUUCUCACAUCUGGUGGGCAUUGCUUAGCGCUUGUAGCACUCAUGGUAAUGCAAGGCUGGGAAGAAUUGCUGCUAAGUUUCUUCUGGAAACCGAACCAGAGAAUCCAACAAUAUAUGUUCUCUUAUCCAAUAUAAUUGCUGCUGAUGGUAAGUGGGAAGAAGCAUCAAGUCUAAGGGACCGGAUGCAAAGGAAUGGAGUGGCAAAAAAGCCAGGGUGCAGCUGGAUUGAAGAUAUUCAGUCAACAACAGACUCAUGGUGA